CAGCACCGUUAGUGUGGCGACGACUCGAGGACUGUGUGGCUGGGGUGGGGCGUCACCGCGCGCCGCUGCCGCCCUGCCGUCGGGCCAGGGUGCUGGAGUAGCAGGAGGGAUAGCCGCCGUCGACGACGCUCCAGUUCCAGCGUCCGGCCCGCGCAGCGAUGUCCUCCGCCAGCGAGUCAGGGACCGACGACGAACUGAUGUCGAUUUUCGUGGAUGAGUCGUUUCCAUUGGAAGAUCUGACGCUACCGUUUCCGCCGAGGGACGUCACUGUUCGUCGUAAUGUCGAGGUCCGCGAGAAGUUCACCAUGGGAGAGGAGGUUGGACGGGGUAAGUUCGGUAUCGUGUAUCGCUGCACGGACAAGGCGACGGGCCGGCAGCUGGCGGCCAAAUUCGUGGCCACGCCGCGCAAGGACGACAAGCGCGAUGUGGAGCGCGAGGUGGAGAUAAUGAACUACCUCCAGCACCCGGGCAUCAUUCAGAUCUUCGACGCCUUCGACGGCGGCAAGGAGAUGACACUCGUCAUGGAACUAGUAGAGGGCGGUGAACUGUUUGACCGGGUGAUUGAGGACGACUACAUCCUGACGGAAAAGGCGUGCGCCAUAUUCAUGAGACAAGUCUGCGCCGGGGUCAACUUCAUGCACCAAAAGAACGUCCUCCAUCUGGACAUGAAGCCGGAGAACAUCCUCUGCCUCUCCAAGACGGGCAACCGGAUCAAGAUCAUCGACUUCGGCCUGGCCCGCCGCUACGACCCGGCCAAGAAGCUGCAGGUGCUGUUCGGCACGCCCGAGUUCGUGGCGCCCGAGGUGGUUAACUUCGAUGCCAUCGGCUACCCGACCGACAUGUGGUCUGUCGGCGUCAUCGCCUACGUCCUUGUGUCUGGCCUGAGCCCGUUCAUGGGUGACACGGACUGCGAGACCAUGGCAAAUGUCACCAUCGCCAAGUACGACUUUGACGACGAGGCCUUCGACGACGUCAGCGACGAGUGCAAGGACUUUAUCACCAAGAUCCUCAUCAAGGACAUGAGCAAGCGGCUGACGUCCGCCCAGGCGCUGACGCACCCGUGGCUGACGAUGCGUCCACCUCAGCAGCCCAUGAAGGCUCGCUCGCGGCAGGCGUCUCUGGCAUGUCCCGAGCCACACCUGGAGACGGCCCAGGUCAACCUGACCCAGUUCGUGGAACGGUGGCUGGAGCACCCGACCAGUCCGUACGCGUUCUCUGAGACCAGUGGCGACCUGGCGCUGCCGCGCGCCGGCUCGGCCGCCUCGGUCGGUCUGUGCUCUCCGUCCCGCUGUGAGACACUCACCACACCUGAACUGUCCUCUGACGAGGAAUCCAGUGGAGAUGAGGAGCCUCUGUACCGGACUGAAACGCGGCCCAAGCCGGCUGAGCACACUCGUGUCAGUAAUAUCCGACGCGAGGAGUCGUUGAAGCGAGCCCGUGGCCGUCUGGUGCAGCAGGCGAGCAAGGAGGAGCGUUAUAUCUCCAUCGAUGAGGUAAAGACGCUGAAGCAGCAGGGCAGCCUAGACGAAAUGGUGGCCAAGGUAGCCAGCUUGCCAACCUCUCGCCGUGGCAGCGUGACGCAGGCUCCACCGCCGUCCCGACUGCGCGCUCCUGACAGCCCGCGUCCCCAGACACCCUCACCACUGGCCAGCCAACCGGCGGGCACUCCGCAGCGCACCCAGCGCCAGCCCUCUCCCGCCCACGCCUCCGUCUGUGAUCGGGUGAUGAGCGAGGCAGCGGCAGCGCUGUCGGACGGCACCCUGGACCGACAGAGGCUCUCCCCGGCGCCGGUAACCGCCGUGCCCGCUCCAUCCCCCUCGCCCGGCCGCUCCCGGAGUGGGGCCGUCUCUCCGCUGCUGGCCCCCACUGGUAAGGACAGCUCGCCAGCUAAACCCACCAGCCGGAGUCCACAGCCAGACUCGGGACCCACGCUGCCGGUGCCGACCCGGUCGCGCUCGCAGACGCCCAGCGUUACAGUCACGGGCGCGGCGAGUCCUACGGCCGACAUCGAACGGUCUGCCGCCAAAGACACCGCUGCGGCCACCAGCGCCGAGCCGGACAAACUCAGUGUAGGCGACGGGAAGAAGCCACGGAAGUCGAAAUCAAAGGAGAGUGUGUCGAGCGGCGAAUCGUCGCCUCGCCGCCGCCGUCCGGUGACAACGGGAGAAUCAUCAGAAACGGUGCCGGCUGACCCGCCAGCCAGCGCGACGACAGCACGGUCUGGGAAGAGUACACCAGAACCAAAAGCGACACAGAAACAGGACAGUCAGAACGCAAAGCCAACUGAAGAUAACAAGGUGUCAUCUCAGAAGACAGCUACGGAGCCGAAAACGGCAAAGGCACAAGAAAAACAGCCAACCAAUCCAGCCAAUGACACAAAAGCUUUGUCUGGGAAAACUUCAGAACCGAAAACGAUCAAGAUCCAGUUGGAGGAAGACUCGCCAGCAAAACCUACAGGCGAUUCAAAGUCUUCCAGCGAUUCAAGGUCUUCAUCUGGAAAAACGAGUCCCCAACCAAAAACGGUCAAAAUUCAACAAGAGGUUCAGCCUGAAAAGAUCAAUUCAUUGAUAUUUAACUUGAAGCCAGUGAAACGGCCAGGUCCAGGUCCUAUAGCGACUACUCUCACUACAAAGGCUCCCAGUAACUUGGGCAUGGUGCAGCUAAAGAAAGUGCCCUCUUCGAAAUCUGAUGCGUCCCUCACAUCAAAGGCGGAGAGCGAGGCGGCUCAGGUGAAGCUCCGACGCACACGGCCGUCUGACUCGUCCAUCAGCAGUCAGAGAGACAGGCCCGUGCUCACACGACAAAAGGCUGACACUGGCGGGACAGCCGUCAAAAAGAAAUCCUCCACCAAACACCGGCCGAAACACGAGCUGGACGCCAGUCGCAGCAAUAGUGCCGAGACCACACCGUCACAGCAGCCAAAAAACGUCCGUAGGCCCCGCGAGCACAUCGUCCAGAUCGAGGUGGUGGGCUGCGCGGGGCCUGAGCAGGCGGACCGUCCCUCGGCGCCGGAGCCGGCGCUCAGAAAGCUGCGCCAGGCGCUGCGGACGCUCUCCAGCGGCUCGGCCCAGUCGGCGCCGAGCUCGCCCUACCCGAGCCGCGAGGGCUCGCCCGGCUGUGAGCUGCGCCCAGCCGGCCUGCUGCUGCGCUCCUGGCACAGAGACCGGCUGCGCGACGGCGCCGGCUGGAGCGGCCGCGGCCCCAGCCUCAUCGACUUCGUCAGCGCCCGGCUGGAGGAGGCGGCGGGCUGCCAGCGGCGCGAGCAGGAGCGCUUCGAGCGGCUGCUGCGCCAACGGCGGCCGCUCUCGCCGCCCCCGGCCACCCGCCGCCCUGCCAAGGGCCCGCUCGACUGGAGGCGGCUCGGCUGGUCCAUCACUGACUGGUGAGGGAGCUGCGCUGACUGCACAGCCGGCCCGCGCCAGUUCCGACACCCGCUCCGGGUACAAUUACAUCCGACACUGUGCGACGACCACAGAUAACAUGUUUGGAGAAUUCAUAGGCAGAUUUUAUUUAAAUUAAUUUAAUCGAACCUUCAUUGAAGAGGUUUACAUUCGAUUACAAAGUCUUAUGUUCUUAUUUCUGACAAUAUUGUUCUUUCAGUGGGUCGUGUCUGGGUCGGUAAUUGAGCGGUGGCGAUGCGCGAUCGUAAGCUGUACGGGGCGCGGUGAUCGUUGCGGGUCGGGGUCGAUCAGGUCGCUGACACCGGGGGCGUAUGGCGAGAUCUCUGUGUCAGAGGCGCGCGGCCCGCGGGUUGGUGUCACGGUCUAGUCAGCGGGGCUGUGAUGUGGGAUAGAAGCGCCCGAGGCCCGCCUGCGCGGUCGCUAUUCCAGCCAGCGGGCUCCGCUAGCGGGCUCCGCUGAGGCGUGACACGGCCUUACUGGGCAAUAUAGCUCAGGCACGCUCAGAAACCACGGCCCCUGCCGCUCCACCAUAAAGCUGAGCCUGACAUGGGUCAUGAGAAUCGUUUAACGCCAGUAAAAGCCAGUCAGUCAAUAUGCGCUAUUCUGAAAGAGGUGAGUUUUCGACACCCGCCGUCGCCUGAUUAUGGAACCGUGGAACGCGAAUCCUGAAUGUGCUCGUGAGCGACUGACUGAGACAGGAUCUGUUUCCGGCGCCGAGUGGCGUAUGAGGUGUUUUGUCCCGACCCGAUGGGACGGGCGUGUUAACGAGGCGUGAUCUUAUUAAUAAAUCACACGAAAUGGCCCGA